AUGUCGCCCCUCGACGAGACAAGCCAAGCUCGUACAGCCGAAGCUGAAGUCGAGAGAAGUGGCCGGGAAAACAACGAGGCCCUUUCUGAUGCAGCCCUACUGGUACUUCACCGAACGUAUACGUUUUUGGAGAGUUUUGCGACAACCUUCUCUGCCCUGUACUUCGUCGGCGGAGUGAGAGUCACAUUCAGCACCGGAAUCGCAGCUGGUGGCAACUUGGCGUAUUGGACAAACUACUUGAUCACGGCUGUUUUCACUGGAAUCACUGCCUCAGUCAUUGCUGAGAUCUGCUCUGCAUUGCCGUCUGCUGGUUCGAUCUAUUUAUGGGCUGCUGAAGCUGGUGGUCCCAAGUAUGGACGCCUGCUGGGCUUCGUCGUUGCUUGGUGGAGUACCACGGCAUGGACGACGUUCUGUGCAAGUAACACUCAAUCUGCCGUGAACUACAUUCUGUCGGAAUUGACCGUCUUCAAUGUCGAUUUCCCCAAAAAUGUCGAUGACAUAAAAUUCAGAGCUGUCCAGUGGGCAUGUACUGAGGUUCUUCUUGCUUUGGCUGCCAUUGUCAAUUUCCUACCACCGAGAAUCUUUAGAUACGUCUUCUAUCUCUCGUCCACGUUUGUCCUUCUAGACUUUCUUCUGAACGUCAUCUGGUUACCAAUUGGUGCCCAUAACACAUGGGGUUUCCGCACUCCACAUGAAGCAUUCUUGACAACCUACAACGGCACUGGGGCGCCAGCUGGCUGGAAUUGGUGUCUUUCCUACCUUGCUACUGCUGGAAUCCUGAUUGGAUUCGAUGCUUCUGGUCAUAUUGCGGAAGAAACUAAGAAUGCAUCUUUGACUGCGGCCAGAGGUAUCUUCUGGAGUACCGCGGUCAGCGGGAUUGGUGCUGCGAUGACCAUCGUCCUAUUUUUGUUCUGUGCGCCCGAUCCCCAGACCUUAUUUUCGUUUGGUUCGCCUCAGCCUUUCGUACCUCUCUAUGCCGUCGUGCUGGGGAAGCGGGCCCAUGUUGUCAUGAAUGUUAUUUGCGUUAUUACCUACUGGUUUAACACCACUAUCGCCAUAGUAGCUGCAUCAAGACUUGUAUUUGCCGUUGCGCGUGAUGGUGUCCUCCCAUUCUCCAGCUGGGUCUCUCGCGUUUCUCCAUCCGGCCAACCUUACAACGCCAUUAAGGUGGUUUGGGGUGUUGCAUCGCUAGUAACAUGCACUAUCCUCCCGUCAAGCGUAGCGUUCACGUCCCUCGUUUCAGCUGCCGGCGUUCCAUCAGCAGCUGCAUAUGGCUUGAUCUGUUUCGGGCGAGUAUUCCUAACGCCAAAGAAGUUCCCAAAGCCGAGAUGGAGCUUAGGAGCGUUCAGCAGGCCGUUUCAGAUUAUCGGUAUCUUCUGGAAUGGAUGGGUUGUCGCCAUUCUGUUUUCACCUUAUAUUUUCCCUGUCACCGGGCAGACACUGAACUAUGCCCCGAUAAUCCUGGCGGGAGUGACCAUCAUCGCCCUAGUUUCAUAUCGGAUCAUCCCAGAAGAAUCGUGGUUCCCAAGCGAGCGUAUAUCUAAAUUCGUCGAAGGUGAACCCCAGGAGAGCUAUGUCACUGCCCCGAAAGAAAAAUAA